AUGGCAACCAGACGGUGGCGGCAGCAGCAGCAGGAGCAGCGGGCACUGGGAAGCAGCGACCAGGCGACGGAGGAAGUAGCAGCAGCUGCACUGACCACUGGGAGGCAGCAAACAGGAGUCGAAGGCAGCAGCAGUAGUGGCAGUGAGCACCGUGAGGUGGGGACCAGGAGGCAGAGGCAGCAGCAGCAGUACCAGCAGCAUGCACAACGAGGCAGUGACCAGAAUGCAGAGGCAGCAGCAGCAGUACCAGCAGCGAGAGCUGGGAUACGGUGGCCAGUCAGCGGAGGCAGUAGCAACAGCAGCACCAACCUCUGGGAAGAGGCGACCAGGAGGCAGCUGCAGCAGCAGCAGUAUAGCAGCAGUAGCAGCGAGCACCGGGAGGUGGGGACGAGGAGGUGGAGGAAGCAGCAGCAGCAGCAUCGAGCACUGGGAGGCGGCGUCCAGGUGGCGGAGGAAUUAGCAGCAGCAGCAGCAGAAGCGACCUCUGCGGGCGGCGACCAGGAGGUGGAGGCAGCAGCAGCAGCCACAACUAGCACUGGGAGGCAGCGACCAGCCAGCGGAGGCAACAGCAGCUGCAGCAGCGCACAGCGACAUGCGGCGACCAUGUGGCGGAUGCAGCAGCAGCAGCAGCAGCAGCAUCGAGCACUGGGAGGCUCGACCAGGUUGCAGAGGCAGCAGCAGCAGCCGCACCAACCACUGGGAGGUGGCGACCAGGAAGUGGGUGUAGCAGCAGCAGUAGUAGCGAGCACUGGGAGGGGUAGACCAGGAGGCAGAGACAGCAGCAAAGAGUACUGGGAGGUGGCGACCAGAUGGCGGAGGCAGCAGCACCGACAUCUGCGAGGCGGCGACCAGGACGCGAAGGCAGUAGCAGCAGCAGCAGCAGCAGCGAGCACUGGGAGGUCUCGACCAGGCGGCAGAGGCAGCUGCAGCAAAAGCACCGACAAUUGGGAUGCAGCGACCGGGAGGCCGAGGCAGCAGCAGCGAGCACUUGGAGGGAACGACCAGGAGGCAGAGGCAGGAGCAGCAGCAGCACCGACCACUGGGACGUGGCGUCCACGAGGUGGAGGUAGCAACAGCAGUAGCAGCGAGCACUGGGAGGCGGCGACUGGGUGGCGGAGGCAGCAGCAGCAGCAGUACUGA